AUGGCUAGAAUUCCCCGCAACUUCCGCUUGCUAGAAGAGCUGGAGAAAGGAGAGAAAGGCAUAGGAGAUGGCAGUUGCUCGUAUGGUCUUAUGGACGGCGACGAUAUAAUGAUGAGCAACUGGAACGGAACUAUUCUUGGCCCCGGACAUACCGUUCACGAGAACCGUAUUUACAGUCUGAAGAUCCAUUGCGCUGAAGAUUACCCCGAAAGGCCACCCACCGUUCACUUCCUCUCCCGUGUAAACCUCCCUUUUGUGUCUCCGAUCGAUGGCAAGAUUGAUCCUACGAGGCUCAGUGUACUCUCUCAGUGGGGGCGCGAUAGCAGUAUCGAGACCAUCCUCGUUGGUAUCAGGAGGGAGAUGGCAACAGCCAGCAAUCGGAAGCUUCUCCAGCCUCCAGAGGGGACUAACUUCUAA